AUGCAGACGCAUGCCAAUCACCGUCUCUCAUGUGAUAGCUGCUGCCCGUGACGUGCCAAGCCCAUAUGGCCUGGCAUAGAGGCUGGUACCCCGCCUGGUAGAGAUGCCACACUCGCUCCGCGGUUCGCAUGGCGCUCUGAAGACGCGGGCGCCCGCCGCCUUGAGGAGCCGCUGCCCCCGCUCCCUGAAGAUGGGGGAACAAUGAAAUAAGCGAGAAGAUUUCUCUUCUCCCCCCUCUCUCUCUUGCCCCCUCCCCCCUCCCCUCCCCUCUCCCCUCGACUCCUCUCCGAGGCACCAUGCUGACCCGCCUGUUCAGCGAGCCCGGUCUCCUCUCGGACGUGCCCAAGUUCGCCAGCUGGGGCGACGGCGACGACGACGAGCCGAGGAGCGACAAGGGCGACGCGCCACCGCCGCCGCCGCCGGGGGCUCCGGGGCCCGCGCGCGCCGCCAAGCCGGUCCCUCUCCGCGCGGACGAGGUGUCGGAGAGCGCGCUGGCCGAGGUCAAGGAGGAAAGCGAGCUGGGCGGCGAGGAGGAGGAGGAGGAGGAGGAGGAGGAAGGGCUGGACGAGGCCGAGGGCGAGCGGCCCAAGAAGCGCGGGCCCAAGAAGCGCAAGAUGACCAAGGCGCGCCUGGAGCGCUCCAAGCUGCGGCGGCAGAAGGCGAACGCGCGGGAGCGUAACCGCAUGCACGACCUGAACGCCGCGCUGGACAACCUGCGCAAGGUGGUGCCCUGCUAUUCCAAGACGCAGAAGCUGUCCAAGAUCGAGACGCUGCGCCUGGCCAAGAACUACAUCUGGGCGCUCUCGGAGAUCCUGCGCUCGGGCAAGCGGCCCGACCUGGUGUCCUACGUGCAGACGCUGUGCAAGGGCCUGUCGCAGCCCACCACCAACCUGGUGGCCGGCUGCCUGCAGCUCAACUCGCGCAACUUCCUCACGGAGCAGGGCGCCGACGGCACGGGCCGCUUCCACGGCUCGGGCGGCCCGUUCGCCAUGCACCCCUACCCCUACCCGUGCUCGCGCCUGGCGGGCGCGCAGUGCCAGGCGGCUGGCGGCCUGGGCGGCGGCGCGGCGCACGCCCUGCGGACCCACGGCUACUGCGCCGCCUACGAGACGCUGUAUGCCGCGGCGGGCGGCGGCGGCGCGAGCCCAGACUACAACAGCUCGGAGUACGAGGGCCCGCUCAGCCCCCCGCUCUGCCUCAACGGCAACUUCUCGCUCAAGCAGGACUCGUCGCCCGACCACGAGAAGAGCUACCACUACUCUAUGCACUACUCGGCGCUACCCGGCUCGCGGCCCACCGGCCACGGGCUGGUGUUCGGCUCGUCGGCGGUGCGCGGGGGCGUGCACUCGGAGAAUCUCUUGUCUUACGAUAUGCACCUUCACCACGACCGGGGCCCCAUGUACGAGGAGCUCAACGCGUUUUUCCAUAACUGAGACCUCGUACCCGCCCCUUUCCUUUUUCUUUGGCCUUUGCCCGCACCCCCUGGCCCCGGCGUCCCCGCUCCUGGGCGCAGGGGCACCCCCACCUCCGCCAGGCGCCGGGCGCGGGCACGGACCGCCGGUCCUCUGAUCCGGGGCAGUGGGGGUCCUAUUCUCGGUGGGUGGCCCAUCCCAGGGGCCUCGUUUCCUCCCCCAGGGGACUCGCCUUCUCUCUCCCCAAGGGGUUUCCGCCUCUUUAAGGGGAGUACUUCUCCAGGGACCACUCUUUGGGUCCUCCCUUGGAGACCCUUCUCUUCCCAUCCCACUUAGAUUUCCUCCUCCCCCACCCACCCUUGCAGGCCCAAAGGCAGCGACCUACCGAGGGCAGCUGAGCGGUGGGGGUUGUUUCCCUCCCUUUAGUAUUAAUUCUGAGGCAGACACCGAGCUGCCCCGGGCGGUAAAGAAGCCGGGCGCCCCCUCUUUGUGGAAGAGGGCCGAAGUUGGGGAGCCCAAGCCCGGACCUGGGAGGUCCUUAGCCCCAAUCCCUAGUCUCUGCGUUUUGUGAUUUCAAUUUUGGCGGGAGGGAAUGUGGCUCGAGAGGAAAGAGAGAGGCCAUGAAAAUUUGUAACUAGAAUCCGUUUUUCCCCCCUUUUCCUUUUUCUAAAAACAAACAAACUUAAAAAAAAAAAAGCAAGCUAAGAGGCGACGGAGGCCGAACGCAGAGUCCGGAUUGGAGAGAAAACGCAGUAAGAACUUUUAGAAGCAAUAAAAGGCAAAAAAAUACUACUACCAAUAAUAAUAAAAAGACACAAAUAUCUAUGCAAGGAGGUUCUGACUGAGCCGAGCGGCCCGGCCCGGUCCCGGGAGGCGCCUCCCGGCCGCGGGCCGCGCCGCCCAGCGCCGAUCUGUGCACUUUGGUGAAGCGAGGGGCCGCGCCGCCCCUCCCCCUCCCCAGGUUCUUACAAUCAGUGACUCGGAGAUUUGGGGCCCCAGUGCCACUGCCCUCCCCUCGCCCCGUCCCCGUUGUGCGUCAUGCUGUUUUUUUUAAAAGAAAAAAAAAGUUUCCAAAUUUGUAUGGAAUGGCAAACUGUUGGGGGGGGGUCGGUUUGGGGAGGGAGGGUUUGCAUGAGAGACACGCACACCACAACGCACACACACGCAGGCCCGGCGCAUGGUCCGGGACAGAAGGAGGCCAGCUCCCGGCCACCCUUCUCGUCCCUCCUGGGAGGCACUUCCAUCCCGGAGGGGUGAGGGUGGAGACCUGGGGGCAGUCCCCCCCACUGUGCCUCCAUGGGCGCCGGACCCCUGUUAUUUUUGGUGUUGGAGGGGGGAAUUGUCCCAGCCGCCUCUUGGGUGGCAAGUGGUCAAGGAGAGGGUUGAGGGCUGCUUCCGGACUCCCCCCACCUCAAUAAAGGGCAAAGGAGACCUCUCCCCACCAGAGGCAGGGACCACACCGCCACACACACCACGCACAGAUGCAAACCCACACGCCACACACACGCACCGCAAUUGUACCUUCCUCUUGUAACGAAGACGAAACUCCUGUCGGACACCCGAAGUGCAUUGCGUGUUUCUGUUCAGUUUAAUGACGAUUAAUAAAUAUUUAUGUAAAUGAGAUGCAAAGCUGGA